GGGGGGCCUGAGGGCGGGGCGGGGAGCAGGCCGGGGUCUGUGGGGAGGGGACGCUUCCCGCGGGCGCGCGGAGCGAGGACGGUGACAGCCACGCGCGCACGUGCGCGCCUGGCCGCAGCGCGGCCCCGAGACCUCCAUCUGCCGCUGAGAGGCGCGCGGGGGCUGGGCCGCUGCCGUCUAGGGGCCCCGUCCCGGGGCGUCCCCAGCGUCCCCGACCCGAGUCUCUGAGCGCCGAGCCGAGCUCACCCCGUCUGUCCUGGCUGGUGUUUCGUCCCCGUGGCCGUAAGGGCCCGCCCCCCAACUCCCCUUUACGCUCCCGGGGCAGGGUCCUCACGGCCCAUGCUGGCCGCUGGGGGCCCGCGCCGACCAGACAGCUCCCAGGCCGGCCAGUUGGCUACCAUGGUGGCCCUGAGGCCUCUGCGGCUCCUCCAGGGGGGCUAACAGGUCCAGAGCGCAGGCCUCGGGGCGCUAGGGUCCCGGGCCUGAGCCCCGCGCCAUGGCCGGGGCCAUCGCUUCCCGUAUGAGCUUCAGCUCGCUCAAGAGGAAGCAGCCCAAGACGUUCACCGUGCGGAUCGUCACCAUGGACGCCGAGAUGGAGUUCAAUUGCGAGAUGAAGUGGAAAGGGAAGGACCUCUUUGACUUGGUGUGCCGGACCCUGGGGCUUCGGGAAACGUGGUUCUUUGGACUGCAGUACACGAUCAAGGACACCGUGGCCUGGCUCAAAAUGGACAAGAAGGUGCUGGAUCACGAUGUUUCGAAGGAAGAGCCAGUCACCUUUCACUUCCUGGCCAAAUUUUAUCCUGAGAAUGCCGAGGAGGAGCUGGUUCAGGAGAUCACGCAGCAUUUAUUCUUCUUGCAGGUAAAGAAGCAGAUUUUAGAUGAAAAGAUCUACUGCCCUCCUGAGGCUUCUGUGCUCCUGGCUUCGUACGCCGUCCAGGCCAAGUACGGUGACUACGACCCCUCUGUUCACAAGCGUGGAUUUUUGGCCCAAGAGGAAUUGCUUCCAAAAAGGGUAAUAAAUCUGUAUCAAAUGACUCCAGAAAUGUGGGAGGAGAGAAUUACAGCCUGGUACGCAGAGCACCGAGGCCGAGCCAGGGACGAAGCUGAAAUGGAAUAUUUGAAGAUAGCUCAGGACCUGGAGAUGUACGGUGUGAACUACUUUGCAAUCCGGAACAAAAAGGGCACUGAGUUGCUCCUUGGAGUGGAUGCUCUGGGGCUCCACAUCUAUGAUCCUGAGAACAGGCUGACCCCCAAGAUCUCCUUCCCGUGGAAUGAAAUCCGAAACAUCUCGUACAGCGACAAGGAGUUUACUAUUAAACCAUUGGAUAAGAAAAUCGAUGUCUUCAAAUUUAACUCCUCAAAGCUUCGUGUUAAUAAGCUGAUUCUCCAGCUCUGUAUCGGGAAUCAUGACCUUUUUAUGAGGAGAAGGAAGGCUGAUUCUUUGGAAGUUCAGCAGAUGAAAGCCCAGGCCAGGGAGGAGAAGGCUAGAAAGCAGAUGGAGCGGCAGCGCCUUGCUCGAGAGAAGCAAAUGAGGGAGGAGGCAGAGCGCACGAGGGAUGAGCUGGAGAGGAGGCUGCUGCAGAUGAAGGAAGAAGCAACGAUGGCCAACGAAGCCCUGAUGCGGUCUGAGGAGACGGCUGACCUGUUGGCAGAAAAGGCCCAAAUCACGGAGGAGGAGGCAAAACUCCUGGCACAGAAGGCCGCAGAGGCCGAACAGGAAAUGCAGCGCAUCAAGGCCACAGCCAUUCGGACAGAGGAAGAGAAGCGCCUGAUGGAGCAGAAGGUGCUGGAGGCCGAGGUGCUGGCGCUGAAGAUGGCCGAGGAGUCAGAGAGGAGGGCCAAGGAGGCAGAUCAGCUGAAGCAGGACCUGCAAGAAGCCCGUGAGGCAGAGCGAAGAGCCAAGCAAAAGCUCCUGGAAAUCACGACCAAGCCCACAUACCCGCCUAUGAACCCAAUUCCAGCACCGUUGCCUCCUGACAUACCAAGCUUCAACCUCAUCGGUGACAGCCUGUCUUUCGACUUCAAGGAUACUGACAUGAAGCGGCUUUCCAUGGAGAUAGAGAAAGAAAAAGUGGAGUAUAUGGAGAAGAGCAAGCAUUUGCAGGAGCAGCUCAAUGAACUCAAGACCGAGAUCGAGGCCCUGAAACUCAAAGAGAGGGAGACAGCCUUGGAUAUUCUGCACAACGAGAACUCUGACCGGGGUGGCACCAGCAGCAAGCACAAUACCAUAAAGAAGCCUCAAGCCCAAGGCAGAAGACCUAUCUGCAUUUGAGCCCUCAAACUCACCUUGCAGAGCGCCAAGUCCCGAGUGGCCUUCUUUGAAGAGCUCUAGCAGGUUCCCAGCCACCCAGGAUCUGUCGCAUCUGCUGCUCCCGGCACCAGAGGGAUGGGUCAGCCACCAUGGGAGUCAUCGUAGGUGGGCUGGCUGGGAGCUUCCGUGGGAACUCUGGAACUUUGCCCAGCUGAGUGGAGAGCCCAACCCCCUUCACGUGCAAUUGCCUUGAACUGUGACCUGCAGAGAGCUCUCUCGUGGGGUUCUAGUUCUUUUUAAAAUUUUUAAAGAAGUAUUUGUCUUUCCUUA